AUGACUGAUAUUGUCCCCAAUAUGUUAUACAUUUUAUGGAAAGGUGGAAGCCAUAUUUCUUUUGCUGGAUGCCUUGCCCAGUUCCAGGUCUACGGAGAGUCCUUAUGUAUCGUAAGCAUUCUCCUCACUGUGAUGUCCUAUGACCGGUACUUGGCUAUCUGCAAACCUUUGCACUACUUCUCAAUAAUGGAUGCGAAACUGCAAAGUAGACUGGCUAGCCUGACAUGGUUAUCCAGCUUCAUAAUGACUCUCUUCAUAAUUAUCCAAAUGUCUUUGCUGGAGUCCUGCAGGGAUAAUGUUAUCGACCAUUACUUCUGCGACUUUGACCCAUUUGUUGGUCUAUCAUGUACCGAUGCCUACAUCUUAAAAAUGCAAGUCAUUAUCAUCUCUGGUGUUUUGGUGGUCCCCACCUUUAUGUUCAUCAUUGUGACAUACUUGUACAUUGGCCUCACCAUCUUCAAGAUCAACUUCAACUCUGGAAGGCAAAAGGCCUUCUACACCUGUAGUUCUCACCUCACUGUUGUCUGCAUUCACUAUGGGUCAUUGAUGGCCAUCUACUUAUCAUCCACGAAUGGUCAAUCAUUUAACAUAAAAAAGUUCCUAUCCCUACUCAACACUUUUUGUACCCCAUUGCUCAAUCCCUUAAUAUUCAGCUUAAGAAAUAUGGAAAUAAAAAAAGCCUUACUGCAGUUACUUGAUGGAGUAAAAAACCCAAAUGUACCCUUAAGUCAUAGAGUAAAUUCUGUUGUAGGGGUAGGGGCUUUUAAUAAAAGAAAAAUGUAG